AUGUCGUCAGGCGAGAAACAGGAUGAUCUGCACCUUGGUGCAGCUCAUGUCGAUGUCCCGGAGGCAGAGGUUCUUGGAAACAAGGAUCUGAUAAAUGAUGCCAUCGAUGGUGAAAACCAAGAGCAUGAUAUGGGUGUCUGGGAGGCGGUCAAGACACAUCCUUGGGCAUGUCUAUGGGCUUUCACCAUGUGCUUUACUAUCGUUAUGGAAUCCUUCGAUAUGUUCUUGAACGGCAACUUUGUCGCACAAGCGGCCUUCCAAAAGGAAUUUGGUAUUUUCGUUGAAGGCUCCGGAUGGACGAUUCCAACAAAAUGGCAGAGUGCCCUUUUCCAAUCGGGUCAAUGCGGUGCCUUCGUAGGUGUUUUCCUGGCCGGUCCUAUUACCAAUCGUAUCGGAUAUCGUUGGACUACUAUUCUGGGCCUGGUUCUUAUGAACGCCACGAUCUUUAUAUCAUUCUUUGCAAACUCACUUACACUGCUUGUUGUCGGACAAGCCUUGGAAGGUGUCCCCUGGGGAUUCUUCAUUGCGAACGCCCCCGCAUAUGCCAGCGAGAUUGUCCCCCUCCCCCUUCGAGGCGCCUGCACCGCUACUCUUCAAAUGGCGUGGUCCAUCGGCUCGAUCAUCGUUGCGGCUGCGACACUUGGAUAUAAUAAACGUGACGACCAGUGGGCUUGGCGAGUGCCUCUUGCACUUCAGUGGAUCUUCCCCACUCCUCUUUUGAUUCUCAUCUUUUUGGCUCCUGAAUCUCCAUGGUGGCUCAUUCGCCGCGGCCGUAAAGAAGAAGCUCUUCGUUCCAUUGAGCGCCUUGGUGGUAAAUCCGGACAGAAUUCAGGAAACACACUUGCCAUGAUGGAGCGUACCGUUGAGAUCGAGAAACAGAUGGGCGGUGCUCCCACGCUUCUUGAUCUUUUCAAGGGCACCGACCUGCGACGAACGAUUAUUACUUGCUUGAUUUACGCGUCUCAGAACUUUGCUGGCAAUUUGAUUGCCAACCAGGCAACUUUCUUUUUCGAGCAGGCUGGUAUUGGAUCCGAUCGUGCUUUCCAGCUUAACCUGAUCAACUCUUGUCUUCAAUUUGUUGCCAACGCUUGUUCUUGGUUUUUAACUGCCUGGUUUGGCCGACGAACCAUCUACCUAUGGGGAACUGCCACAAACAUCACCCUUCUGUUCAUUCUUGGUAUUUGCGCCUCUAUUCCGCAAAACAACUCCACCAACUACGCCCAAGCUUGUCUCGGUAUCAUCAUCUCUUUCGUUUUCGCCGGGAGCCUGGGACCAAUCUCCUAUACGAUUAUUGCUGAGACAUCCUCUGUCCGACUUCGCGCCCUAAGCACUGGCGUUGGCCGUGCUGCAUACUAUGUUGCGGAAAUUCCCAUGAUUUACCUGGCUUCACAGCUCUUGAACCCCACAGGAUGGAAUCUUGCGGGCAAAUGUGGUUACGUGUGGGGAGGCACUGCUGUCGUGUGCUGGUUCAUGGCAUACUUCUUCCUCCCUGAGCUGAAGCACCGCACUUACCGCGAGACUGACAUUUUAUUCAAUCGUCGCCUUCCUGCUCGGAAGUUCAAGUCAACUGUCAUUGACGUGAGGGAGAACCAUUAA